AUGACAUCGCAGGCCGACUUCAAGGACCGGCAAUUCCUUGCCGUAAUCGGCGAUGAGGACUCUGUAACGGGCCUCUUGCUCGCAGGCAUCGGACAUAUCACCACCGGCGCCGAAGCACAAAAGAACUUUCUCGUGGUCGACAGUAAGACAGAAACUGCGGCCAUCGAAGCUGCAUUUGAGAGCUUUACAGAGAGGAAAGACAUUGGAAUCGUCUUGAUCAACCAGCAUGUCGCCGACAGGAUACGACACCGAGUCGACACCUACACCGCUGCCUUUCCUACGGUCCUCGAAAUUCCGAGCAAAGAUCAUCCAUACGACCCGGAGAAGGACAGUGUGUUGAGGCGAGUGCGCCGCCUAUUCGGAGAGUAA